CCCCCAACGGGUCAAACCGUCGAGCUAGGGGCGGGAGAUGAGCCUCUACGACAGUCCAUUGCCAGAGCAUGUCGCGUUCCCGUAGGCAUCCUGGCAAACACGACUGAGACGGAGGUCUCCCGUGGCCCUCGAUGGGCUCCCACGAAUCCCCGGGUGCGGAGCUGUCGAAUGCCACGCAUCAAGGCGGGUGGGUGGUGAUCGUCGCGGCCAUUGGCCUCGCCAUCCUGCUCGUGUGUCUGGCGAUCCGCGUGUACGUGCGCUCGUCGACCAGCGUCGUCGCGGGCGCGCCGGACUACGUCUUUGCGAUCGCCUCGCUCUUCGCAAUCGCACACUCCGGCCUCGUCUUCUGGGAAGUGUCGCGCGGACUGGGAACUGCAAUCCGCCUUGUCAGCCCAGCAAAUGUACAGACGCUUCAAAAGGCAUUCUUCGCAAGCAAUGUCCUCUACCUCGUCGCCGUCUACCUGGCCAAAUGCUGUUUCUGCCUCGUCUAUCUGGCCUUGACUCCGGCCCCGGGCCACAACCGCGCCACCUACAGCGUCCUCGGCUUUGCCACUGCGUGGGUCUUUGCCUCCAUCCUCGCCAUUGGGGUCGACUGCGAGCUCAACCCGCCGUGGAGCGAUCUUGCUUCGCACUGUACCGACCUUUUUGUUCGUUGGCAGAUCAUCACCGCGUUCGACAUCAUCAUCGAGAUUGCGUUGCUGGGUCUCGCCAUCUACCUCGUCAGUGGAUUGCAAACGCCACUGACCAGGAAGAUUGCAGUCACAAUCGUGUUUGGGGUGCGGAUUAUCGUGAUCCUCCCCGCAGUGUUUCGCCUCCAUGAACUUAACCACCAGAUACGUUCUCCAGAUCCGACUUUCACCGCGGCUCCGACGGUCAUUUGGGCGACGGUCGAAGUCUACUGCAGCGUCAUUGCUUGCAUCAGUUACUCUUUCAAGACCUUCUCCACCGCCGUCAGCACGAACUACGGUGGGGUAGGCAUUCAAGCGGAGGUCUACGACAUGGCCAACAACCGUACUCGCCAGGGCAGCGCGUUGGAUGGGGAGCGAAGGUCUAGUGUCGCAACAGGCGCAUCCGGGCAUGUACUCAUCAGUGACGAGUCGCCUCAAUCUUCGGAUCCCGAGCGACUACAAGCUUCCAGCAAGAAACCUGGCUGAGCCGAUGGAGCGAUUCCAGGACUCUACUCACUACAUGCAAAGAAUGGACUGCGACCUCAUCACGUCCACGGGAUGCCAAUCGUGUCAACUGGGGACGUGCCUGUUAAGAGCAGCGCGCGACUUGUCAACAGCCCUUGGAAGAGUGCUCGAUGAAUGGGGCCGAACAAGUUCCUCAGCAGGCUAAUCAGUGUCUGCACUUCGACGGCGUAUGUGUUUGAUCGCAUACCGAUCCAGAGGCAAGCAUGUUGAAGAGCGUAGUAGGGAAUAACCCUGCUCCGUCUUUAUUCUCCAAUAGAUGCAUAUCACUCAAUGACAGUGUUGGGCAUGGAACGAUUGUAAAUUAGCAGCAUAUACCGAAUAACCCUUGCUCACCCCCCUGGGAAACACGAAGCCUUGCCUUGCUUACACGUGUUCAGGGUGGCGCGUUGCGCGGCUCGGCGCGUCUCC